AGUCUAACUUAUGUAGCGACUUUUCUAUGGCCCUGGUUCUGUUUCAGUUUUGAUGUUGGCCUCUCUGUAGAUCAAACUUCCACCCUUGCACCCCCUCACACCGCCCUCUGUUAAUCCUAAACACACCACAGGCUCCCACGCCCGUUACCAAUAAAUUCAAUUUGUAGAAUCCCAUUUUACGUAUUUAUGUUACGAAAGUCAUAUCGACUUGACAAUACAUAAAUAUUAUUAUAAAUAUAUGAAAGAGACCAAGGCUCAUGCGCAACAGGUUUUAGGUUGUGCCAGAAGGUGUAAAAUUAAUAAUAAUUAUGUUUUAAAUAUGUCUGCUUGAAAGCAGAAUGGGGUCCCGUAAGUCUAGCGGCCCGUGUGUAGCUGAGACCGACGCCCUUGCCCUGUCAGAACACUCAUCCACGCGACGUAAAAUUUCCCCAGAUGUGCUUCUACAAACGACAGCAGAAAACUUGUACCAACAUAACAUAUGUAUUUAUAUUUUUAAUAAUGACAUUUAGUUUCGUCACGCAUGCCACCAGCUUCAGUGCAAGAUGUCAGGCUGACGAGUGAACUCUACUUUGACCUUGUUAUCAAGUUGAAUGUUCACUCGACUUAUUUUUAUAGCCUUGCGUCUAAAGCCUCUGGAACAUCACGACUAGCUUCAGUACGUAUAUUCUCCACAUCACGUUGAAGUAAAAUUUUACUCUGAUGAAGGCAUCGUGUGUAACAGAUGGAACCUGUAACACAUAUAGAUCAAGAGAUGGCAUCAGAAACUUUCCUUCCGAUUCAACUUCUGUUAGGGAUAUUGAAAAUUGUAUUGCAGAUUUUGUUCCUUCCUUUCGAAGAAGAGAAAACAGACUCUGGACAGGAGAUGGCUCUGCAUGACGCUGUUAUGUCAGGUAACCUGACUUCAGUCGAGUACUUACUAACAGCUGGAAGAAAUCCUUCAGAACGAGACAAGGAACACUACACACCAUUACAUUGGGCCGCUGCCAAAGGUUAUACACAAAUCGCAAGGAAACUUUUUGAAUAUGGUGCCGGUCUGGAAGAGAGAGGAGGUCGAUUUCGAUUCACCCCGCUACAUAUGGCUGCAGGAGAGGGUCAGUUGAACACAUCUCGACUUCUCCUCGAUGCAGGAGCUCAAGUGAACUCACUCGAUAGAUUCCAUGAUACUCCGAUUCAUUGGGCAGCUUGGUUCGGCCAUCUGUCGCUUGUACAGAUGCUUGUCGAUCGGGGUGGGAAUUUCACUGCCAAGAACAGAGAUGGCAGCACGCCGCGGGAUAUGGCGUACGUUAGAAGCAAUGAAGCUGUUGUUCGGUUCCUCGACGGUAUUUAGAAGAAGGUUUACAAUUUCGUGUGAGACUAUAUUCUCAAUUCAAAUGCAUGACUGUACAUUUAACAAUUUGGCGAGUGGAAAUAACACUGAGACCUUGUUUUCGUCAUCUCAUCGGGUCUGUGCUAAUACUUCUUUGUUUCUGCAUUGAUAUUUAAUUAAAAUUGUUAUUUCUUGCGUUUUCUCAUAAAUAUUCAUUUGUAAUCUUGGUA